AUGCUGGAACCUUCAGAGAAGCCGAUUCCUGAACGUUGUGGGGUCAAAGGCCUGAGAUGGACUGAAGAGGAGGAAAGUGAGGGAGGAGCGACGGGAGGAAAUUUGCAAAGGAAGAGGCAAACAUGGGGCAGAGGAGGCAACAGAGAGAGGAUGAAAGGAGGAAGAGAGGAGCUGGGUAAUGUGUGGAAAGAUGGCAAGUGGGAAAAAAAUCCACAAGGAAGUAGAAAAAAUGGGCCAAAAGAGAAGAACAAGAAAGAUGGAAUGCUGUCAGUUACAGAAAGAGGAGGUGCGAUCCUGCAAAUGGAGAAAAUGACGAGGAAAAAGAAGCGCUGGCCUGACUUUCUGUGGCCGAUGCCCCAAAAAAACAUCAACGAAGAAAGGAUGAAGAGGAAGAUGAACAUCGGUAUCUUCCUCUGGUUGUCUCUCCUCUUUCUCAGCCUCUGCCCAAAACCUGCUUCAUCACAGGGACAUUUCCCGCGAAUGGAGAACAUCGCUGCCUUCAAACCCGUGUCCACCUCUCUGCCUCGCUCCACUUGUGGCUUUCCAGAGCGGAGCAGCUACUGUCAAUCACCUUCCUCCCAGUCUGAACUGCUGACAUGUUAUCAAGCCUUCUGUGUGCAGGAGUGUCCCUAUAGAUCCUCCACACCUCCGUAUGCCCCGCUGCUGCUAGCUGCACACAGGGGUACCUGCGUAUCUGAAGACACCGAUGACACUCGUCCUGGGACUCAGAAAGAGACAGGAACCUCUAGCAGUUCAGACGGGGUUUCUGGUGGAUCUGGUAGUUUGCUGUUUCGACCAGGCCAGGAUGGAUGUCUGGUCUCGCCUCCUUCACAGACACUGGGAGCGCUGGGUUCCCUCACCUUGGCAUUGUGGAUUAAACCGAGCUCUACGGGAGACAUGAUGCUGCUGGAGAAGAGUUUAGGAGGGCGGCUGGUUUUUUCUCUGACGGUGUCUGGGCAGGACGUCACCCUGCGGUACGGUCAGUCCAACAGCCAGACCAUCAGCUUCAGAACAGAGGGCAGGCUGGGGCUGGACAAGUGGACACAUCUUGUCUUGCAGAUCCAUGACAGACGCGUGAGUCUUUUCCUGGAUGGGCUUGAGGAGGAUGGGACACCGUUUGACACACAGCUCCUGACCACCAGGCUCUCUGAUAUCGGCGAGGAUGGUGCCAUGUGGGUGGGACUCAGCUCCAAUGGGUCUAAUCAGUUCAUUGGGCGGAUGCAGGAUUUUAGAUUUUAUCCUGCCACUUUGACCAACAGGGAAAUAGUAGAGUUGUAUUCAGGAGUUCUGCCUGAGCUCCACGUCCAGUCUGAGUGUCGCUGUCCUCCGAGCCACCCGAGAGUGCACCCUUUAGUCGAGAGAUACUGCAUACCCAAUGCUGUGGAUGACACCACCAAUGACAGAGUCCUGAGGCUGAACCUUAACGCCCAUCCACUCAGUUAUAUCAACGAUCAGGACAUGGGCACCACAUGGCUGUCUAAGAUCAUGACUACACAGGAGCUGGAUGAAGGAGUCACUAUUACAGUGGACUUGGCUAAUGGACAAUACCAGAUAUUCUAUGUUAUAGUUCAGUUUGGCGGCAUCAUGCCUGAGUCAGUUCUCAUCCAGAGACGGAAGCUUGACCUCGCAGAGUCUGAGAGUGGCACCGUCACAGAACAGCCUUGGAUGGACUGGCAGUAUAUGGCCAGAAACUGCAAUGUGUUUGAAAUGCAGAACAAUGGGCUGUUACAAAGACCAGACUCAGUCAACUGUCUACAGCUGCCCAGUGCCGUGCCCUUCUCUGGAGGCAACAUCACCUUCAGCCUGCUGACCACACGGCCAGUCCUGAGGCCGGGUUAUAAUGACUUCUACAACACUCCAGCCCUGCAGGAGAUGGUACAAGCUGCCCAGGUCAGGAUACAUAUGAGCGGACAGUACCACACCAGAGCAGGCGGGGUGAACCAGCGGCACAGAUACUUUGCUGUCAAUGAGAUCACCAUCAGUGGCAGGUGUGAGUGUCACGGCCAUGCAGACCACUGUGAUACCAGUGUGACACCGUACCGCUGUCUGUGUUUGCCGGAGAGCCACACAAAGGGAAACAACGUGAGUAUGAACUGUGAACUGUGUGUAAGCGGGUUUUUCAGGCUGGAGGACUCUGAUCCCACUUCAGUCGAUGUGUGUCAGCCCUGUGACUGUCACACUGCUGGGACGGUCAACGGCACUACGGAGUGUGCUCAGAUAGGAGGCCAGUGUCACUGUAAGGUUGGAGUAACAGGUCGUCGAUGUGCAGACUGUUUGCCGGGUUGGCAUGGUUUUACAGCCUCAAGUCCAAACGGCUGCGUUUCCUGUAACUGCAGCGACAUGGGCAUCAUCAGCAGCUCAACAGAAGCAGGUCCCAGCUGCAGUCAUGACACAGGACAGUGCCGAUGUAAACCCCACGUCACAGGUCUUUCAUGUGACCGCUGUGAGUUUGGUUAUUGGAACCUGUCCCACCCAGACGGCUGCGUCCCAUGUGACUGUGACCCGUCGGGCUCCCUCAGUCCGUUCUGUGAGCCUGAGGGGGGGCAGUGUGAGUGUAAGCCCGGGGUGGGCGGCCAGCGAUGUGACUCAUGCGGCGGCGGCUUGUACGGUUUAAGACUGGAGGGGUCCUGUGCUGCCUGCAACUGCUCGCAUGAUGGGACGGUGCCUGGGACAGACUGUGAUCCUUACACAGGACAGUGUGUGUGUAAGGAACAUGUGGAGGGCCGUCGCUGUGACUCCUGCCGUCAUGGUUACCACACCCUGGAGCAUCGCAACUCUCUGGGCUGUCUGCCGUGUGUGUGCGACUUUGGUGGAACUGUGCCAGACGGCGUAUGCGAUAUGUUUACCGGACAAUGCCCGUGCAAGGAGGGGGUGGAGGGAGCGCAGUGUACCAACUGUGCCCACAACUACUACAACAGAAGUUCAGACCUCCAGAAGGGUUCGUCCCAGGGCUGUGUACCAUGUAUAUGCGACCCCAGAGGAACAGUGGCAGGGUCAGUCUGCGACAGCACCACUGGGCAUUGUGUUUGUGUCCCUACACGCUAUGGAAAAGACUGCAGCAGCUGCCGACCCGGUUUGUACCUCCAUCCAGAUCAAGGUAUUUGUCUGGAGUGUGACUGCCAUCCAAUGGGAGCACUGCAGCGUGAUUGUGAGAGCCAGACUGGACAGUGUGCAUGUGCACAUCGCUCAGUGGGAGGACGACGUUGUGACCAGUGUCGUGAGAUGUUUUUUGGAUUCAACCCCGGUCUGGGCAGAUGCCUUCCUUGUACAUGUAACCCAGUGGGAAGUGUCAAUGGUUCGUGCCAUCCCGACACAGGGGAGUGUGUGUGUAAGCUGCUGGUAACUGGAGACAAGUGUGAUUUAUGUCAUCCUGGAGCGAGUCAUUUGGAUCCUGAGAAUCACUUUGGCUGCAGUAAAGCACCUUCCCAGCAACCUGCACCAGUCGGUUUUGCUCUCAGUUUCUCCUCCAUUCAUGUCUCUUGGCAUCCGCCCGACUCCCCAAACUCAAACAGACUCAACUACACACUCAUCAGGGAUGGACAGCCAGUGCACACCAUCCAGAGACACUAUCCUUUCAGCCCUGAGUCAUUUGAAGACAUCGGUUUGUUUCCCUUUACCAACUACACUUACUGGCUUGCAACAGCUAAUGUAGCUGGUGCGACGAUAAGUGCUCCAGCCUCAUACCAAACUUUAAGUGCAACACCGGACGCAGACCAGCUCCACUUAAACCUUGUGGGACGACCGGGUCCUACCAGUGCUAGCUUUAACUGGAGCACACCAAGAAACGAUACAGGCCCAGUGGAAAGGUUUGUGUUAUCAUCCACGGAGUCAUCUAGUGGAGCAGAGUCCUUCAUUCACUACGCAGGCUUAUCUACAGAGGCUGUGGCAAGCGGCCUGAAGCCCUUCACCCACUACACAGUCACACUGGAGGCUUGCUCUUCUGGAGGUUGCGCUUCUAGCCCGCCGCUGUCUCUUCUGACAGCUGCUGCCCCCCCACAGAACCAGCCUCCUCCCAGAGUCACUGCUACGGGACCUCAUACACUGCAUGCUUCCUGGGAGCCCCCCAGUCAGCCAAAUGGUGUUAUCACAAGGUAUGAGGUCUUUCUGCGUGGACCAGUGGAAUCGCAGAACCGUUCAAGUCUUGCUACUGAGAAAAGAGUGUUCUUCAGCUCCGGUUGGCUGGAUCCAAGUGUUUCUCCAGAAGCAAAGCUAACCAAUAGAAGCGCAUCGUCACCCCCUGAGAGCAGCACCAUUGUAGCCGGUCUGCAGGCGUUUUCAACCUACCAACUGAGAGUUGUAAGCAUCGGUACUGCAGGAAGUGUCACAUCAGAGUGGACCACAGCACGCACCAUGGAGGGAGUCCCAGAGUUCAUGGCUCCUCCACAAGUGUCUGCACUGUCCUCGACUAGUAUCAAAGUUACGUGGCGCACUGCUGAGGGUCAAGGGGUCAUCGCCAGAGGACAAGUCACAGAAUAUCGGGUCAACUUGCUCACCGAACAGACCAACAACCCCUACGCUCCUCCACUCGUAAAUCAGGUCUUGCAUAGGGUGGGACCAUCAUCACAGCCUGUGUUUAUCGUUAAAGGACUGAAGCCAUACCAUGUGUACAACUUCACUGUCACACUCUGCACAAAAACCGGCUGCAUCACCAGUCUGCCAAGCGCAGGACGGACGUUACCAGCAGCGCCAACAGGACUGUCUUCACCUCGAUUACACCAAGUAAAUCAAACCACCAUUCAGAUAGACUGGGACCCUCCAGCUCAACUUAAUGGGCCACACCCUUUGUAUCAGGUGGAGAGGACAGACGUCUCUCUCUCCGACCCACAAAGUCCAGUUGUCAGGGGCACCAGAUUCCCAGGAAACAGUUACUACCAGUUUCCCAGUGAUUCCCUUCCUGUCAACACAGACUUUACAGGUGUUAAGAUGAGUUUCAAGACUCGGUCCCCAGAUGGCCUGCUGCUCUGCGCCUUCUCUCCAGGAAACCAGGAAGAGUUUCUGGCCAUUCAGAUCAAGAAGGGACGCCCUUACUUUUUGUUUGACCCACAGGGCUCAGCAGUGGCUGUGAGUGUGCAGGGUGAUGGAGGGCGCCGCUACAAUGAUGGACAGUGGCACAGCAUCACAGCAACAAGGCGAGGGGCCGUGGGAACAAUCGUUGUAAACGAUCAAUACAGAGGAAGUGCAUCAGCUUCCAGCGGCAGCACCAUUAUCGGUGACAACAUGGGGGUGUUCAUUGGAGGGCUGCCUGAAGAUUUUACUGUACUGAGAAAGGAUUCAGGAGAUGCCCGACUGGUACGACGGGGCUUCUCUGGUUGCCUCAGAGAUGUGAGUUUUAAGAUGACUGACGGCCCCUCAGAGGAAUGGCAGUUUCUGAACUGGACAAAAGUCACAAAGAAGGUGGCAGCGUAUGAAAGCUGGGAGGGAUGUCCUCUUCAAACUGUGGACGGAGCCCAUUUUCUGGGUCAUGGUUACUUGGAGUUGGACGCGAGUGUAUUCGGUGGAGGACAGGACUUUGACAUUUCUAUGGAUUUCCGAACAGACCAGCUAAGCGCACUUUUGCUGUUUACAUACAACACGCAAGCUGAAGACUACAUGCUGGUGGAGCUAGAAGCGGGUCUUCUGUCCUUCAUUCUCGCCGCUGAAGGUCAUGUGAUUGAACUCAGCAUGUGGGUGGGGCUUAGCUACUGCGAUGGAGAUUGGAAACAGUUGUCAUUGGCGAAACGCGGCUCACUCAUCUCUGCUGCCGUCGAUUACUGGGCCGAAGAAACGAGGGGAGUGGGAGGGACAGCGAGGCUAAGAGUUGAUUCACCGCUUUACGUGGGGGGCGUGCCAACAGAGCUCAUACAUCCUGCUCUGGACAGCCGAAGUCACAAACACGGCCUCGGUGGUUGCAUAAGGGGUCUUACCAUACGAAGUGAUGAAAGAAACCCUCCUGUCAGUCAAAGUGUUAAUCUUGCUAUUGCCUCACACCGUUCUGUGAGAGUCUACUUAGAUGGCUGUCCAACCAGUGAAAGCCGGUACAACUGCAGAGGAAACGAUUCAGUGUUGGUCUACAAUGGGAGGAAGACACAAGCCACAGAUUCUAGUCUGCAACCUUUCUCUGAGUACCUGUACAGGUUUGUGGCCCUGGCUGCAGGAGGCUGGGCUGCAGGACCUUGGCAGAGAGGACGCAGCCGAGGCAAAGUGCCUUCGUCUGUACCACCUCCUACCACAGUGCAGAGCUUCGACGGCUUCAGUGCCAAGGUGAGCUGGGUGCCGCCCGCUGGUGACAUCAGAGGGCUGAUUGACAGAUACGAGCUGAAGGCCUACAACAGAGACCAUCCAGAAGCACCGCCCAUCACAGCCACGUACCUGGCUAAUGGAAAUUUCACAGGUGUGCUGUCGGGUCUCACUCCAUCCACUCGGUACAUCGUCACUGUCAGCGCCUGUGGUCCUGUUAGCUGCACCGAGAGUCUUUACAACGACAACGAUUUGAGAUCGAGUCUCACAACCCCGGAGGAAGCUCCAGAAGCUGUAUUCCCUCCAGCUGCAGUGUCGUCCCCCACAGCUCUCUAUGUUUCCUGGGAACCUCCAGCAAAGCCCAAUGGAGGCAUUGCAGAGUACCUCCUCUAUCACAACGACCAAACGGUCUACAGAGGAAAAAACAGACAACACAACAUCACUGGUCUCGGUGUGUACUCCACCCAUGUCAUGGUACUGAGUGCAUGCACCUCAGUGGGCUGCACCAACAGUUCACAAGUUACAAUGCUGACCUCACAGCUUCCUCCUGGGCCUCUACGAGCUCCGACUCUUACCCCGCUAGACUCUCGGACUGUUUUUGUGGAGUGGUCAAGUCCCGCUCAGAUAAAUGGCGUUUUGGAGUUUUACGCCAUCUUCCUGUCACAUGACGGUGCAGAGCCCGUGCUGGCCUAUAACAGCUCUGAACUUUUUGAGGACCACACACUCCGCAACCUAACUCCUGGAACAACUUACACCAUCACCCUGGCUGCCUGCACAGGAGGCGGGUGCACAUUAAGCCCCCCAAGCCAGGCUCAGACUGAGGAGAGCACCCCAGAGAAUGUCCCUGCACCGCUGGUCACCCCUUUGUCCCCACAUGCACUCAACGUCAGCUGGACUCCUCCUGACACUCCGAAUGGCAUUAUAACCAGCUACGGUCUUUGGCUGGAUGGAGUCCUCAUCUUAAACUCCAGUUCCUCCCAGAGGUUCUUCGUUGUGGAGGGACUCUCUCCGUGGAGCCGACACGUUCUCAGGCUGCAGGCCUGCACAGCACAGGGCUGUGGCAAAGGACCAAUGGUGGAGAUGCGUACAUUAGAGAUGGCCCCAGAAGGCCCCAUAUUGCUGGAGCUGACCAAUCAGAGCUCCAGAUCACUCCGAGCCCGCUGGACAGCCCCUCCUAGACCGAAUGGGAACCUGAGCUACACACUGUACUGCAAAAGCAAAGAUGGUGAGACUGUGUUGGACGGAAGUACAGCAGCAGGCAUCUGGUUGUCUGUGACUGACCUGCAGCCGUACACUAACUACAGCUUCUGGAUCAGAGGGUGCAACACGCAGGGUUGUGUUGAGAGCCUCCCCCUCAGUGUUACUACACCCCCAGCAGCCCCAGAUGGUUUGUCUCCUCCAACUUUGGUCUAUGCAACGAACGCCAGUCUGAAUGUAUCCUGGUCCGCCCCUGCUAACUCCAACGCACCAGGCCCACUUUACUACAGCCUGCAAAUGAGGACAUCCCCACAGAGGCCUGUCAUAAGGCUUAUGGAAAAUGCAACAGACACCUUUUCCUAUUAUGUAGAGGGAUUGUCACCGUACACGCAGCACCUGUUUAGAGUGGUGGUUUCGCACACACAUGGACAGACAGCUGGCCCCUGGGCAACCCUGCGCACUGCAGAGGAUAGUCCAGGACCAGUCGACACCCCAGCUGUGUCAGGACUUCAUUCUCGAAGUGUAUCAGUUAACUGGGUUCCUCCCACACAACCAAAUGGCAUAAUCACAAAUUACACCCUCUAUCUUCACUCCGGCUCUGUUACGCCUUUGGAUCAUAAACCCAGCUCAGUCUCCAGCACUAACUUGACCCUCAAACCCAGCUUAAGUCCUAACCCAAGCAUGCUGCCAAGCACAGAGGGUGCAUAUCUCAACUCAGGUCAUAACCUCAGGCCAACAUCCAGUCUUACAACCCCUCAAGGCUCAAACCACAUCUCCAUCUUGAGGCCUGGUGUUGUAAAAGACAACCAGAUUGAGUCCACUGGUGUGAGCAAUGUAAGCCGAGGCCCCAGUUCAAUCUUAUUCCACCCCACUAAACCCAGUAGCACCAGUGGAAGCCCCAGCUUCUCACCGUCAAACCCAGACUAUAUCAGCUAUAAUACUGAAUAUUUUGCAAAACAAGACCCAAUCAACAACCCUGCCUUCAGCUCUUAUAGUGCAGCUUCAAGAUCAACGCCUCUAUCAGUCACUGUUCCAGGGAACACCACGAGCUACACUUUCCUCGACCUACUUCCCUACCAGACCUACAGCCUGCAGGUGGAAGCAUGCACCAGUGUGGGUUGUUCAGCGUCUGGGAGGUCUCAGUAUUUUCGUACCCUCCCAGCUCCACCUGAAGGGGUUCCUGCACCUCACCUUUACUCUGACACACCCACCUCUGUUCUCUUAUCCUGGGGUGCACCGGAGUUGAGCAAUGGACCUCUGGAACGGUGGCUGAUUGAGCGUAGAGUUAAUGGGACCAAACAAGUCUCCACAGUGGGCCAGCUCCUGCCGGAUCCUCCCCCUCUUUCCUUCCUGGACUCUUCAUCAGCUCUCAGUCCCUGGACGAGCUACCAGUAUCGACUUGUGCUCCAUAAUCAGGCUGGCAACACUACGGGGCCCUGGGUCAGCAUCACCACUAGACCUUCUAGACCAGCUGGUCUCAGUCCACCAAGGGUGAGGGUCUUGGGGCCGGAGUCACUUCAAAUCACAUGGUCACCGCCGCUUAUUCCCAAUGGAGAAAUUCACGGCUAUGAGCUCCGUCUCCCAGAACCCCGUAUCUCUCAUGUCGCUGGUGAUGCAUCUGAGCUCAACGUCACCGUAACGGACCUCGUUCCGUACACGAAUUACAGCAUCACUGUGUUGGCGUGUUCGAAGGGUGGAGGACAUGUUGGAGGAUGCACAGAAAGCCUGCCGACUCCAGCUACCACAUUACCCACGAGCCCUGAAGGCCUUGCACCGCUGUCAGUGGUGGCAGUCAGCGAGUCUUUUCUGGCCAUUUCCUGGCAACCACCAAGCAGGCCCAAUGGACCGAACAUAAGAUACAAGUUGCUCAGACGUAAAACCCACCAGCCCCUGGCCAUCGCCGCGGUCCCCACAUUAACAGCCACGUCCCCACCCCCCUCUGAAGAUCUCCAUCGCUGGCUUCAUGUUUACUCCGGCACCAAAUUGUUCUACCAAGAUAAAGGCCUAAGCAGAUUCACAGAGUACCAGUACCAGUUGGUGGUUCAUAAUGACGUGGGCUACUCCUCGGGGGAGAUUGUUACUGCGCUGACCAUGGCCGGGGUUCCCCUCCACCCUCCGUCUCUGUCUGCCCACGCUAUCAAUCAUACUGCUAUACAAGUUAACUGGACACAACCAUCUUUGCAAGACCUGCAGGGAGAGGUGGAAUCUUACCUGGUCACAGUAGAGUCUCCCCUGCCAAGUGUGAUUUUGGCUUUUGGACCUGAGAUCAAGUCCACAGUGAUAAGUGACCUUUGGCCCAGUACCACAUAUCUGGUGUCAUUACAGGUGUCCAACGGAGCCCAUAAUACCACUAAGGCAAUAGUUAAUGCCACCACUGCAGAUGGAGCACCAGAGGGGAUGUCUGCCCCGGAGCUGGUUCCUGUAAACAGCAGCACAGCACGUGUGCUCUGGUUGCCUCCUCUUCGACCCAAUGGAGCAGUCACUGGUUACAACAUCUACGUUAAUGACCGUUUCCAUGGCAAUGUGGACAACAGCUCAGGGUCCUACCUGCUGGGGGACCUACUGCCGUUUACUGUCUACGACAUACAGGUGGAGGUGUGCACAGUGUAUGCGUGUGUUCGGAGUAACGUUACCAAAACAACGACUGUAGAGGACCUUCCUGCUGACUUCGCCACGCCGCAUGUACAAGUGAUCAGUCCCAGGGUGGUGAGAUUAGAUUGGUCCCAUCCAGGCAAACCCAGUGGGAUCAUGCUGGGCUACGAGGUUUUAAGACGGACCCUCAGAUCGUGUGCCGAUGGGUCAACAGGGGGCACAUCGUCCCUGGGGGAAGAGUCAGACGUUGCAGGUGGUUUAAGGUUUACAUGUUCCUACCUGCAGUGUCCUGUGAGUCACGGUGUUUGUGGGACGUCCUGCUUCAACCCUGACAAACAGGUUUGCUGCCGUGGAGAAUUGUUCACAAAGAAGCCACAUCAUCACUGCUGCGAUGGCAGUUACUUGAGUUUGAAUAAUUCCUCCGACCCAGUGUGCUGCAAUGGCAAACUAGUCCCAGCUCUCCCUAACCACCAGUGCUGUGGAGGUUACUAUGUUCAUGUGAAAAACAAUGAAUACUGCUGUCCUGACCACUUGCAGGGCCGGGUCUCAGUGGGGCUGGGUGACAGCUGCUGUGGGGGGGUUCCUUACUCCGUGACAGGCGGCCAGCUCUGCUGUAGUGGGAGCCUCCAUGAUGGCUAUGGGGUCCAAUGCUGUGGAGGCCGGAUUGAAGAUGAUACACUGAUGUGUUGCGGUGAUGCUGAGAAGGGGGAAGUGCAUGUACAUACUCCAGGUUUUGUCUGCUGUGGUCAGGAGUACAUCAACUCUUCAACCUCUCUUUGCUGCGUGGGCAAUGAUGGAUAUCCCACAAUGCACCCUGCUGGCAACGCCACGGUGACGCUGCAGUGCUGCGGGUCAAAGGUGAUACACCAAGGAGAGGAAUGCUGCAAUGGGAUUGGCUACGACCCCCAACGACAUGUGUGCGCUGCCCGACCCACACCUGGUCUCCUCAUACAGCACCAGUGUUUAAAGGGUGCUGUGUGUCCCGUAGCUGCAGCGUCUACAGCUUACUGUGGCUCCUGUGACCUUGAUCCAUCUACGACCGCCUGCACAUGGGUGUUGUCGGCACAGCCUGACACACAGUCCACAACGUACUCCCCAUUCAUCAGCCCCACGCAGGAAACACUCGCUACAGGCCUGUCUACACAUACAAACAGAAGUAAUAACAGUUACAAAAUGCUAGACGCAUACAGUCACACGCACGCUGAGAACAAGCAGUUCGAGGGGAGCCUGUGCCCGUCACACGAGGAGGUUGUGCACAGCGGAGAUGCUGGAAAAUACACCUAUACAGACUCUGACCUGGAGCCUUUUACCACCUAUGAAUAUAGAGUGAGGGGCUGGAACAGCUUCGGUCGAGGCUCCAGCGACGUUGCAACAGUGACGACCAGCGAGGACAAACCGUGGGGAGCGGCACCGCCCCGCUGGAGCCGUCUAGGUGAACGAGAUGACAUCAUCCAGUUGCAAUGGCAAGCUCCCGCCAGACCUAAUGGUGAGAUCACCCACUAUGUUAUACUGCGGGAUGGGCAAGAGCGCUAUCGUGGUGAUGAAAACAGUUUCACUGAUGUUGGUGGGAUCAGGCCUUUCCAGGAAUACAGUUACCAGCUGAGGGUCUGUAACCGGGCUGGUUGUACUGACAGUCCAGAGGUGGUGGCAGUGACGGUCCGCGGAGUCCCAGAGGACGUGCAGCCUCCAGUGGUAACAGCUGUAAGCUCCUCCUCCCUCCACGUGAGCUGGUCUGAACCCACUCGUCCCAAUGGAGUCAUACAACGGUACCACCUGAACCAGACCGGUGUUGGAACCGUAUUUACUCACACUGACGGACCCAGAAAUCACACCCUGACUG